CCGAAGCGAAAUCUACCGCACCACUAUAUCGACUCGAAGCGGCAGUCUGACACGUACUUAGUACGGAGUGUGCUAGCCGCCACUAUGUGGGACCAGUUACGUCGCCUACGGAAGGAAACUAAGCUCAGGAUCCUCAUUUUCGCUGGACGAGAAGCGAGCGCCGCGUUCCAGAUCGCCUGCCCGAAGAAUAGCGUAGAAAGGGGCAUCGCUGAAGAGGCAUUGCUCUAUGAGCCUUUCACGUACUGGGAUUGGCAAGAGGGCGAUGCGAAUAUCCGCACUCUCCACAAUGACGGAGGAUAUGGCCAAGCCGACCUCGAGGUGGACGACGGAAAACGCAAGAGGCGGCUCUUGUGGGAGCGCGAACGGGGGUUUGCGGCAAACGGCGAGUGGAUCGAAUAUCCAGGGCCGAAGAGACGCUGGCUGCUCUUCCAGAAGAGGAUUAAAAAUGGCAACCGCGGGUUCGUGAAACGCAUUGCGGUCGCUUGGUGGAUGACGGUGAAGGACUUAGAAUGGAUUGCCGAAAACCUCCCAGGCCUGGUCGCCCUCGAUUUGAGCAAUCUUCCGGAAUUCGGGCAGACGGAGGCUAUCAGGCAAGAUAGAGAAGCUACGCUCUGGCUUGAUUACCUGGAGAGAAAACUCUCAAAGUCCCGCCUCCUGAAGAACCUCCUGUGGCUCGGGGUUCCCGACUGGCGAGUUCGAGAUCGCAACAACCCUUCGCAAGCCUCGCGCCUAAUACGGGACCGCAUUGUCGAACAUAUUGUGCCGAAAUGCACGAAGUUGAAGCGUCUGUCCAUUAGGGGUGCCUAUAGUCGGGACAACAGCGCUCAGGAACUCCAAUCCGUCCACGACGAAGUCUGCGGACUCAUCUUGGUCAUAGCCAAGUAUGUAUCGGACAGCGUCAGCACUGUUGAGCUCCGGCUCUCCAUAUCAUUCCUCAGAUAUUUCCUGGAGAAGUUGGCCGAGUUAAAACCGAGCAUACGGCAAGUCGGCAUUGACCUCGGUGCUUGGGUCCAGAUCUACCCGCUGAAGAAACAGGAGGCGAGCCUGGAUGAUGAGGAGAUCCGCCAAGCGGCCAUCUGUGCAGCGCACCAAAACCGCAUAGAUACUUAUGAAGAGGAACAUAAUAAGAUGUUACCUGAGGAAUCUGGCUGGUAUCUCCCAGCAACGAAAAGGGCCUUGGGUGGUGGCGACCGCAACGACUAUCGAGAUGGCCAUGUCUACAGGAGGAAACAAUGGAACUUCUAUCGCGACAAUAGUGGAACAAUUGUCAACCCAAGCUCCGCUCACACGUCUAGCCACGCAGACGAUAUGUCAAGCCCCAGUACCCACAGUACAGCCGACGCUCGCGACGAAUCUGGUGAUGAUUCCCACGACUCCUUCGAUGAAGGUGACCCCGAUGCGAACCGAGAUUCCUUCAAGUGCAGCCUGGAUGGAAAAGGGCACAAGCAUACGGCCCGAGUACUCAACAAGACGAAGGCAGUCACUCUGCCAGAGUUGCUCAAGAAGCUUCAGCUUGCACACCACAAGAACAAUGCCGAAGCUAGGCAAUCGGGUGGUAGGGCGGCAAAUGGAAUCAAUGGGAACGUUGCCCGAGGUGGUGCAAAGCUGUUCGCGCUUGCACCCGAACUACAGGAAAGAAGCACUGAUCCCUUACACCCUUUCGCACUUGUACAGGAUCGGCCGGAAACUGGAGACUUCGAGAAGGCUUCUGACUACAGAGGAUUUACCUCCAAAGGCCUUGGGGACGUACUACCGUGGGUGGAGAAGACAUUCAAGUGGCGACCUGUUUUUGACUGGGAUUCGCUCAUGGUUCCGGUUCAGAGGGAAGACGCUUCUCUGGCGCCAAGAACGUUCCAAGAUGAAUGGCUUCUCAGCAGCGAGACCGAUUAUCCUGUCUCACAUCUGGAAGCCCAGUUCAAAUCCCUGAAAGCCGCUGGAAUAACCGUACACAUCCUCAUCGGGAGACGUGAUCCCGAUCUCCCCAGCUGUUACUGGGGGUGGCCAUACGACGAAAGUAAAUGGGACGAAUGGAAGAAGCAGCCAUUCGACGCUAACUUGGAGGCCAUUGCGCCCCUCAUCGAUUCGCUCAGCAUAUUCUAUGACCUGCGGAACCCCUUAGACCAGGAGCGGUUGGAGGAGAUCCAAGCACAACAGCCUCAUGCGGGACCCCACGCCCGAUGCCCACAAAAAGGGUGUCCUUGGAAAGACUCCAAGAACUGCCCGUUUGCUGAGCUACUAGGUCCUCAAGCACACGCGCAUUCGCAGACAACAGAAAAUGGUCGCAAGCAAAAGAUGGCAAACAGGCGCUCCCUGAAACCUAAAUCCCGAACUCCAACAGGCUGCGAGCGUCUUGCCAGUGUGCGCGCGGGUGGCCCACCCACAGGCGAGAAUGCAAAUGACCACCCAUCGGAUGAUUCCGACUCGGAAGACGAGCCUAGUUCGAACCGGCAGGCGCGACUGCUACACCUUGCCCGAAGAGCCGCCUACAACCGUGAGGCACUUGGCUGGCAGCGCUUCUGGAAGGAGUAUGCGCUGAAGUUCACAAGUCUGACGUCCCUUCGUGUUCGCAUGCCGCGUUGCUUCGACAAGAUUGGAUCCUGGCGUCUCGCAAAGCUCCUGAAUCAGAAUAUCGGCUGGACAAUGCUCACUUACACGGAUGAGCGGCAACACGUACAGACGAGCGAAGAUCUGGUUCAGACGCUCCCCGGCAUCCAACAAGAGACAUACGCGCACCUGAAAGAGGCGAAGGUCUGGCCCGCGGGUAAGUUUGUCCGGAGGGCUUGGGUCUGGGACGACCUCAAGCUGGACUUCAAAGAAAGCGGACCUUAUGAGAGGGCCGUGAGAUACAAAGAGGGCUCGAGAGUGGAAAUGGCGGAAAAGCAUUUGGAGCUUCAGAUCCAAAAGGAAGCUAGCUGGGCAGAUCGGAAAUUCACGCAGCACGAUGAGGACGACACGCAAGCUGGUGAGGCAGAAGAGUACGCCAAAGCCGACGAGAGGGCAAAUGCUGCAGCCCGACGGGAACGGGCCUUCGAAAACGAGCAUGGGUCCGCAACGGUUCGUGCCGCCUCUGGUGGCCAGCCAGACAUUGCCUUCCGCGGUGUCUACGGGCACCAUAUCCGGAACACAGCCACGGGCCAAUGGCGGGACGAAAUCCGCAAUCUCGCUGAAGAGCUCGAGCAUCGGGAGAAUGAGUGCGCGCUCGAAGCCGGAAAUGCUCAAGACAUGAUCCUCAACGCUACAAACGCGGAAGACUUAACACUAAACCAAGAAACGCUGAGGGUCACUCAAGCCGAAGGCCAGCUUCUGCGGAAUACACGGUUGGCACUGCAGCGCCGUCUGCCCUACGGUCCUCGUCUAGACGUCAUCUUCGUGGAAGCUGCUCCGGGUUUGAAACACGGAAUCGGCCUGCAGCAGAGCUGUCCAUCGUUGAUAACGGCACAUGAGAAUGCGAAGCGUGAUCGUCCUGUGUUGCCAUUUAAGGGCCAGACAGGAACUACCCCUCGGAGCGCAACAGUGCCUGCAUCUGUACAGGCUAUUCCAACUCAUCCAGAUACCCCUGCGACUCCAGUCGUAUCUUCAGAUGGAUUGGCAUCAUCCCCGGAAAUCAGCGGGGACGAAGCGCAUUCUCCAAAGGAGCCUAAGGGCACUAAAGGCGCCAAGCCGCCGCCUGAAAAGCGCAAACGCGAUGAGUCCUCUUCUUCAUCUGACGAAGAAAACGACCAGCGACCGAAGAAGAAGAUUCGGGAGAAAGCGCCAAAGGGGCAGGCCACUAGCGGAGAAGACAAGGGAACCGAGCCCGAGCCCAGGAACGAACCCGAACCUGAAUCUGCUGCGGGAGACGAGGAAGUCGAGGCACCGAAGGAGAGUACUAGUAAGGCCACUCCGGAGGAGCCAGGCACGACUGAAGAGCCUAAGGAAGCUGAGCCCGUGGCGGAGGCUGCACCCACACCAGCUGCAGAAGUCGAAGACGUCGUCGUCUCAUCCCCUCCCAAAAAGACACCCAGCAAGAAGCCCUCCACCAAAACCAAAACAACCAAAAAGCGCAAGACACGCUCGCCCGAAUCCGACGCUUUGGACGCCGAAGAGCCACCGCCAAAGCGGCCGACCCGCUCGACAAGGUCAAAGACCCCAACGUACGUUGUGCCGCCUUCUCUUGAGCUCGAUGUCGAGGAAGAACCGGAAGAGGAAGAAGAGUCCGACGAGGACGAGAAGAGUAAGAAGAAGAAGGGAAAGAAGAGAGGCAGUAAAGCGUUGUAUGUGCCGCAUAAGGACUCUGACGACGACAACGAUGAUGAUAAGCCCUCAGGCGCCGGCACUGGUCGUGGGCGCGGCCGCGGUCGAGCAAGGGGCGCGCGUGGUGGGCGGGGGGGCCGAGGCGGUAGGGGCGCUGGUGCGGCGGGAACUACUGGCACAGCUGCUGGACGCGGACGUGGUGGGAGAGGUAGAGGUGGGAAGAAGAAGGCGGCAGAGAAGGACGAGAAGGAGCAGCCCAGGAGUCCGGCUGCUAGACGUACGAGGCAGAAGACGAAGGCUAAGGAUGGCAGUUGAUGAGGACGUUGAGUGGAAUGCUUGGGUAAGGUAAGGGAGGGUUUUUGUUUAUUUUUCGGUUUCGGAGUGCGCUGCCUUGCCGGAUUGGAUUUUCCAGAUAGUGUGGAUUUAAUUUGUUUAUUAGCUCGUUUGUCUAUCUAUCUAUGUAGUUCUGGCAAGCAAGUCGUAAGCGUUCAGUAUACUAUUCGCAGUGUCGGUGUGCCAAUUUGCAGAGUGCAUUUGAAUGUGAAUCUG